AUCGUAUCGGAUUAUCCAGAAAUGGAUAAGUGGAAAAGCCUAUGUCUCAGAGUCUCAAUCCUCCCCUCUGAAAAUGGCGACUGCUUCACUCACCCCUCUUCCUCCACUCUUCACCAGAACUAAAACCCAAAUAAAACCAUACCCAACUCUGCUUCAAAGUCCGAAGAAAUUCCCUUUCCGGAGAGAAUUCUUGACGGGACUCACAAUCUCACCUCUGAUUGUGCUGAGAGACACUCCCAUUUCCGAAGCACGAGAGGUGGAGGUGGGCUCCUUUCUUCCCCCGUCUCCGGCGGACCCUUCUUUCGUCCUCUUCCAAGCCACCCCCAAAGACACCCCAGCUCUUCGCGCAGGAAAUGUGCAGCCUUACCAGUUUAUUCUACCGCCAACGUGGAAGCAGACACGAGUGGCUAACAUAUUGUCUGGAAAUUACUGCCAGCCAAAGUGCGCGGAGCCGUGGGUGGAGGUAAAAUUUGAGGAUGAAAAGCAGGGGAAAGUACAGGUGGUGGCGUCCCCGUUGAUUCGCCUGACUAACAAACCGAAUGCCACGAUUGAAGAAAUCGGGAGCCCUGAGAAGGUGAUUGCAUCUCUUGGUCCUUUCGUCACCGGAAAUUCAUAUGAUCCCGAUGAACUCUUGGAGACAUCAGUUGAAAAACGCGGUGAACAGACGUACUACAAGUAUGUGCUGGAGACAACAUUUGCUCUGACAGGUUCCCACAAUCUUGCAAAAGCAACAGCGAAGGGAAACACAGUGGUGCUUUUUGUGGCUAGUGCUAAUGAUAAACAGUGGCCAACAUCUCAGAAAACUCUCAAGGCCAUGCUUGAUUCCUUUGAACUCUAGAAGUUUUGCACCCAUUCUUGUUUAUGUUGUUUCCUCGUAUAGCCAUCACUAAACAAGAAGGUUACUAUGCUGUUGCGCGGAAAAGGGGGCUUGAUUUUGUUGUAAAACUUUAGCUAGUUUUAAUCGGAUUAGCUUUGACCAGAUUAAUUAUUACAUUGUGUUUUUAUAGUUUCUCUUUUCUAGUAGCAGCUGUUAUUUUUCUGCUAUGACAUACUCUAGUAUUUUUCUAAAUACAUGAAGAUUUAAUUU